AAGCUUCGGAUUAUAUUACUAUCAAAAUGAUAUACUUUAAAUUCUGCUGGCUUCUGGUCGUCGUUCUACUCUUCAUUUCCUCGCAAAAUGUCUGCGCAGCUCCAAAAAGAAAAGGAAAACGGGUAUUUCACCUUCCUAAAAUAAACAUAAAUAUCCAUCAUAACAAUAUUCACAUCGGCUAAAGGUGGAUUUGUUUAAUAACAUCUUAGAGUAGUUGCUGUUGAAUAAAAUUACAUUGCCGUAGUUAUAUGUUCCGCCAUUGUAUGGUUGCUUUAAAAAAUAACCUAUUAAACGUACUUAAAACAUAUUUAUACAUACCAUCACACACAUUUUGGUUGAGAUAAGAACGAUUUGAGACCUAUUUCGUUAUACUAUGUUAAAAAUAA